GCGAUAUGUACCUACUUAAAACCCCUCUAUGUCAAGCGGCCCAAGGGUGAUGAUGUUAAACGUAUGCUACAAAUAUUUGAACUUAAGUAUGGCUUUCCCAUGUGCGGUGGAGCAAUCGACGGAUGUCAUAUCCCUAUCAUAGCGCCCAGACUGUACCACACUGACUACUACAAUAGAAAAGGUUGGUACAGUAUCCUUCUACAAGGUCUUGUUGACCACAAUUACAAAUUCAUUGAUUUUGACGUAGGGCAGCCAGGAAAGUGCCACGAUGCCUAUGUGUUUGAAAUGUCAAAACUGUAUAGGAAAUUAUCAUCUGGCACAUUCUAUCCUCCAUUUACUAAAACAAUUGAAGGAAAAGAAGUACCAAUUGUUAUCCUAGGGGAUUCAGCCUAUGCGCUGUCUACGUUCCUUAUGAAACCCUAUGCAGAAGGACUGGCAACUGCAGCGCAAAAACGUUUCAAUGAAAGGCUCAGUCGCACACGAAUUUUGGUGGAGCAUUCCUUUGGCAGACUAAAAGGACGUUGGCGAUCAAUAAUGAAACGAAAUGACUCGCAAGCAGAUAAAAUACAUAUAGUCGUUGCGUCAUGUAUUGUCUUGCAUAACUUCUGCGAGGUCUGGAACAUGGACUAUGAGGAAUAUAACAAUUUUGAUGUCGAACAGCCAGGUAAUGAAUAUCAUCCAGAUGAGGAAAUCGGAAAUGAAAAUGAAAUUCGCACUACUCUCGUGCAGUACUUCACCAACAACCCAUACUGAAAUUAUAUAUGGAUAUAGUUAGAAAAAUCUAAGGGUUGCGUGAAACAUUUUUAGGGUGGGUGAAAAAUGAUCAGGAACAGAAAUUUCUACAUUUUUCAUAAAUUAAGGUUGGCCAGAUGCUGAAUUUAGGCUGGGUGAAAGGCGUUUAAAAAUAGCUUAAAAUUUUUUGUCAUACAGAUUAUUUACGUGUAUUAAAUAUAUUUUGUUUUUGUCAAUGUUUUUUACAUUUUUUAAUUAAAUUUAAUUCUGUUGAUAAGUCUGAAACUGUUAUGAAAGAUUGGGGGCGCAAUCUCAUCGUAGUAACAUUGAUAAAACGUAACACAAGUUGAUUCCGGACAUAUCAAUCAAUAGUAGGCGCUUCCAUGGAAGUUCACUAUCUAGCCUUUAAAAUAUAUUAAAUUUGUAUCAAUUAAUUUUAACACAUUUUAAAUCAUG